UAUUUUGCACUGCAUCAAAUUUUCGCAGUUUGCCAUACAGCAUCUGCCUGAAACAACUCUACUUGCUGCCCCAAAAUGUGCCUGGUGAUCACGAAGCAAAAGAAUGUGAAUCUACUUUCGUAAAGUGUGUUAAUUGUGAACUGGUGAACAAACUGCGUAACCAUGCAAAGGACAAAGAACUCAGCAUCGACCACUCAGCUUGAAGUGAUUUCUGCCCAAUUUUUCAGAAGCGCCUGCAUAAUGCCAGACAAAUGGUUAGUUACUCAAUCAACUGAUAUAUUCCUGGAUCGACUCUGGGAUGCAACGAUGUUGAUUCUAUGGAGGCAACCGAUCCUCCCACCACAAUCCUGACACUGUAGCCGUUGUUCAACAGUCGUCCUGGCUCUGUAUGUGCGAUUGGAGAAGGGGCCUUCCAACCUGAAACUGCAGUUCCAGCGCUACGCCGAUCCAUCAACUAUCUUCUAUUCCCCUGAUAUUCCUGCCCGUCAUGGAUCAACAGUCGUCCUUCGGUGUAGGGAUCGUCCAAUCCGCUACCCAUGGCCACCAACUACCAUCAGAUGAAGAUUUCGGAGCAUACCUACCACUCGGAUGCUCUUCCUGCUUUGUCAGGAUGUCACCAACAACAUCACCAGAUGAAGCCAAGAUCAUCAAGCCCAAUCCAACGGUGAAAAUCGAAAUCGGUGCUUGGAAGAUCAUCGCCAAAAGAUUAAUCGAACGGAAUCUGGAAUUGGAGGAAAUUGAUGUUCUCAACAGGAAAAUUUUCUGCUGGGAUGUGCACCACAAGAAUCGAGUGAAGGAAGUACGAAGUAUUUACGACGGAAAAGAAUCUGUCCGACUAGCUGGAAAGGGUCAGUCAAUUCUGAGUCAAGCGCAAACCUGUUCCAAGUACGAGUGUGAGGACGAUGUCAAGUUCUUCGAGAACCGGAUCGCCCAAGGUCAUAAGGCUGGCAGUUCAGUGGGAUGUGCGUGUUUCUUCGACAACAUCAAUCACAUUGAGGCUGGAAGUCACAUCAAUGUUUAA